AUGGCAUUUACACGAUUCACCCAUAAGCUAUAUCAAUACUAUCAACUCUCAACGAGUUUUUGUUUCGCUGCUCUUUUUGCUAGAUGGCUAAUUUUGAUCAUUUUGGCAAGUUCAAGGUUCUUACCAGGUGGGAUCCACGAAUUUUUGAUGGGCUUAUUACUCUAUGCCUCUGUGGGUGAGUUGUUUUGGUUGCUUAAAUUCAGAGGAUUCAAAAGAGCUGUGUUAUCCAGCACUUUUGUCAAGGAUUUGAACUUUUUAUAUGUGAUUCUCGUGUUACACUUCUAUGACGAUUAUGAGCAUGCUUUAGUCCUCAAAAAUCACAGUUAUUCGGUAUUUAUAGCCUCAUUGGGGUUGUCUCAAGCAUAUGCUCAUUGGACACAGUUGUUCAAACGUCAGGGCAUGAAGAAGAAUACCAUAAUUUGGAAGAUCGUCACUUACGUUAUUCUUCCUACUCUGUAUUGUAGUGAGUUUUAUUUACUACUCUUAAACGUUCAGAAUCUAAAUUUCCAUUCUACUCCUACAUUAGAUGUGAUUAACAAACUUGUGCUGGUGACGUACUUCCCAAUUGCAUUAACAAUAUUCAAGAAGCAUUUUUAUUAG